AUGGGAGAUAAAGGAACCAGGGUGUUUAAGAAAGCGAGUCCCAAUGGAAAGCUCACCGUCUACCUGGGGAAGAGAGACUUCGUGGACCACGUGGACCUGGUGGAGCCCGUGGAUGGAGUCGUCCUGAUUGACCCGGAGUACCUGAAGGAAAGGAAAGUGUUCGUGACUCUGACGUGUGCGUUCCGUUACGGCCGCGAGGAUCUGGACGUCCUCGGGCUGACGUUUCGUAAAGACCUGUUUGUUUCUAACAUCCAGUCGUUUCCUCCGCUGCCCGAGGAGAAGAAGAGCCUCACUCGACUUCAGGAGCGCCUGAUCAAAAAGCUGGGAGAACACGCCUACCCGUUCACCUUCGAGAUUCCUGUGAACCUGCCGUGCUCCGUCACCCUGCAGCCGGGACCCGAGGACACUGGGAAGGCCUGCGGAGUCGACUUCGAGGUGAAAGCUUUCUGUGCAGAAAACGUUGAAGAAAAGAUCCACAAAAGGAACUCCGUGCGUCUGGUGAUCCGGAAGGUUCAGUACGCCCCCGAGAAGCCGGGUCCGCAGCCCACGGCAGAAACCACCCGGCAGUUCCUGAUGUCGGACAAACCGCUGCACCUGGAGGCGUCUCUGGACAAAGAAAUCUAUUACCACGGAGAACCCAUCAGUGUCAACGUCCACGUCACCAACAACACAAACAAGACGGUGAAGAAGAUGAAGAUCUCAGUGCGACAGUACGCAGACAUCUGCCUCUUCAACACAGCUCAGUACAAAUGUCCGGUGGCCACCGAGGAGUCCGAUGACGUGGUCGCUCCCAGUUCCACCUUCUGUAAAGUCUUCACCCUCACGCCGUUCCUCGCCAACAACCGAGAGAAACGCGGCCUGGCGCUGGACGGGAAGCUGAAGCACGAGGACACCAACCUGGCGUCCAGCACGCUGUUGAGAGAAGGAGCCAACAAGGAGAUCCUCGGGAUCAUCGUCUCCUACAAGGUCAAGGUGAAGCUGGUGGUGUCUCGCGGAGGGCUCCUGGGAGACCUGGCGGCGAGCGACGUCUCCGUCGAGCUGCCGUUCACUUUAAUGAACCAGAAACCGUUAGAGGACAGUUUGUACAGAGACGCUGCAGAUGAAGCUCCGGUCGAUACAAACCUCAUCGAGUUUGACACAAAUGAUGAUGACAUCAUCUUCGAAGACUUUGCCCGCCAGCGGCUGAUUGGGCCAAAAAACGAUAAUGACGAAGACGAGGAGCCGGUGGACUCGCCACAACUCAACGACAGAUAA